CCACUCCUUGACACGCUGGGAAGUUGGAAGCCCGAUCUUCUCGGCAGCAAUCAUCCAUCAUACCGUAUCUGGUAGCCAAGAUGUCACGAUCACUCUAAUCCCUUCAUAAUAUUCCGAUAGAAAAUUGCAGAUAGCUUUCAUUAGAAGCAAGAACAACCAUGUCCGCUGUGAAACCCAAUCGUCUGUUGCGAUUUGUCAACCAAAUCAACAACUCGUCGGUUCUCCCUGCUUCCUUCAAGGGUCCCAUUCUCUCUCUGGCGUUCAAUUCCAACAUUAAAUAUGCGGGCACAACGGGAAUUGCCAUUCGUCAAUGGGACGAGUCUCAAGUGGUGGUGGAAUUGAAGAAUCGCUGGCGCGUGCAGAAUCACUUGCAGGGAAUUCAUGCCACGGCCAUGGCCACCUUGGCAGAAUCCGCCACGGGAAUGUGUUUUGGCGUGCAUGUCCCCGACAGCCAUUUGCCCGUCUUGAAGAGCAUGCAGGUGAAUUUUGUCAAGCGAGCUCAAGGGGAUCUCAAAGCCGUGGCGCACAUUACCGAAGAGCAAAAAGAACAGAUUCGGACCACCGACAAGGGAGCUGCCGUUAUUCAAGUACAGGUCACGGACGAAAAUGGAAAUGAACCCAUUCACUGUCAAAUGGAAUGGGCGUGGACUACCAAAAGGAGACCUGCCAAACCGCAAUCAAAUACCAAGAGUGAGAAGAAGGAAGGUGGAGAAUUGGAGGAAGAACGACGAGCAGCGUGAGCAAAACACCAACUAGACAAUCUACUUAUAUGGUAGAACCAGGGAGGAAUCGAGUUAUUCAAUCUAUUUUUGGUUCCGAUAUGGGGGCCUGAUGAAUGGAUAAUCGGAGGAUUAGACACAGAUCCCUUUUCCAAACCACCAGAGAGUGGCAACAAAGAAAACAAAGAAAUCCCAACUCACAACCACUUCUGUCUGGUGUCAUUUGGAGAGUUUCUUGUCCAUCGUAAUUUGCGCUCCUCUUGUCGCCUUUUGUUGCCUGUAAAUUGUUGUUUGGUCUCUUGACCGUCAUGUUCGUUCAAAAGCUGAUCCAACUGACAAGUCGACUUGGACAGUCCACCGGUAGCUAGCUAAGGAGAGGUACUGUACAGGCAGUACUGUACUAGGAAUAAUUGUCAUCUUCCACCAAUGGUCCGAAGCGCAGAUCAUUGAGCCGAUGAUCAUAAGAACGCAACCAUUGCUUUACGCGUUCUGUGUUGGAUAGAAUUUCAAUUCUCUUGCAGCUUCCAAGAAGUAAU